GACAUCCACAAGAUAUCUCUCCUCACCUCUCCUCCGCCUCUGCACCUUCUCCCCCCCCCCCCCUGUAUCUCUCCCCCCUCUCCUCCUCCCUCCCUCUUUCCUCCUCUUCCUCUAUUCAUUCUGAUCAAUUGAUAAUCCACCUGUGAUUCAGGAAAACACAAACUCUUCCAUCCUUACCUCUAUUCUCACCUCCAGUCACACACAUCCUCUCAAGCGCCUCCUUUUACGCACUCACACACACGCAGAGGCACGCGCGCACGCCCCACCACCGCCAUCCACAGCCAUCAUGGAGACGACCAAGCUGCCUCCGACCAGCCCGUCCUCGCCGACUACCAGCUUCUCGGUGCCGUCCGCGGAGAAGGUGGAUGGCUUCCCGCGGAGGUCGAUGCGCAGAGCCCGGCAGAGGAGGUCCCACAGCUCGUCCCAGUUCCGCUACCAGAGCUCCCAGGUGGAGCUCACCCCGCUGCCCCUGCUCAAAGACGCCCCGGUGGCAGAGUUACACGACCUGUUCUGUAAGAAGCUGCAGCAGUGCUGCGUGCUGUUUGAUUUCCUGGACUGCGUGGCCGACCUGAAGGGGAAGGAGAUCAAACGUGCGGCGCUCAACGAGCUGGUGGAGAGCGUGGCCACUAGCAGAGGAGUCCUCAUAGAACCUCUGUACCCAGAGGCUAUAAAGAUGAUCUCGGUAAAUAUCUUCCGGACUCUCCCACCAAGUGAGAAUCCAGAGUUUGAUCCUGAGGAAGAUGAGCCAACACUCGAAGCCUCCUGGCCGCAUCUGCAGCUGGUGUACGAGUUCUUUCUGCGUUUCCUGGAGAGCCCGGACUUCCAGCCCUCCAUGGCCAAACGUUACGUCGACCAGAAGUUUGUCCUGCAGCUCCUGGAGCUGUUUGACAGCGAGGACCCCAGGGAGAGGGAGUACCUAAAGACCAUCCUACACCGUGUCUAUGGAAAACUACUGGGCCUCCGAGCCUACAUCCGCAAACAGAUCAACAACAUCUUCCUCAGGUUCAUAUAUGAAACUGAGCACUUCAACGGAGUCGCGGAGCUUCUGGAAAUCCUCGGCAGCAUCAUAAAUGGCUUCGCCCUGCCGCUGAAGGCUGAACACAAACAGUUCCUGGUUCGGGUUCUCAUCCCGCUACACACGGCAAAGUCCCUUUCCAUCUUCCACGCACAGCUGGCCUACUGUGUGGUGCAGUUUAUGGAAAAAGAUGCUACAGUGACUGAAUAUAUCAUCAGAGGGCUGCUCAAGUACUGGCCAAAAACCUGCACCCAGAAAGAGGUGAUGUUCCUGGGGGAAAUUGAGGAGAUCCUGGAUGUGAUCGAGCCGUCCCAGUUCAUCCGGGUCCAGGAGCCACUCUUCAAACAGAUUGCAGCCUGUAUCUCCAGCCCUCACUUCCAGGUAGCGGAGCGGGCUCUUUACUUCUGGAACAACGAAUACAUCCUCAGUCUGAUAGAGGAGAACUGUCAAGUCAUCCUGCCGCUGGUAUUCGCCACCCUCUACAGAGUCUCCAAGGAGCACUGGAACCAGACCAUUGUGUCUCUGAUCUACAAUGUGCUGAAGACCUUCAUGGAGAUGAACAGCAAGUUGUUUGAUGAUCUCACUGCCUCCUACAAAGUGGAGAAACAGAAGGAAAUGAAGCGAGAGAGGGAGCGUGCAGAUCUCUGGCGAGGCCUGGAGGAGCACCAGGACCGCCGGAUGCAGAUGGUCACCGAGGCCGCCAGGAACCAGCGCAACCUCCAGGAGCGAGGCGAGAGAGGGGACCCACCGACCCCUUCUUCCCCGCAGACGGCUCACUCUGACCAGCCCGAGCCCAAGAUCAGCGGGGCCUCUUCUUCCUCCUCUGGGGCCGGGGAGAGCGCCACCUAGGUGCUGCUCCACAGAGAUUGGAUAGCACGGAGGUUAGGGGACAGGGAAAAGACAUGAGGUUGAUGGUGAAAGUGUUGGGAGAGAAAAGGUACGAAAUCCACUGUUCUUUUUAUCUUGUAUCAUCGAGGGCGUGGCUUUUUUGUGAAAAAGCGCACAAACUCAGUGAUCCGAGGUAAAGACUGCACCUUUUUUUUUUCUGACAGACUUGUGUGAAACUGGUUCACUUUUUGCUGUACACACAUUAUGUUGCAGAUCAGAAGAUGAAUAUUGUCCAAAAGUCCAGACUGUCAUUUUAAUUAGUGGCUGGUUUAUCAAACUGCAGGUCAGUAUCCAAAACUGGUAGCUGGCCUGCUUCAAAUCAGCCUUUAAAUAAGAGAUGAAAAUUCUCUUUUGGUGCAACACUAACCAAGUUUAACAUGUGUCUAACUUGCCUUGACAUUUAACCAACCGAGUCAGAGUCUGUACUGUGGCGUCGUAUUUAUCUUUUGGUCAGAGAUGCUUAUUUCAUGCGUGGAUAGCACAAUACAUUAAUUAACAAAAGAAGCAAUUUCACACAAAUGUCCCAAAACCAUUGCCACACAAACCCUCACGCGUGCGCACACACG